AGAACCCUCAGUGCUCUGGGAAAGGAGGAGACAGAGCAGACACAGCUCUGGGCUUCAGGCAGGGACAGCCUUAGUCUGGAGCCCAGCAGGGACACCUACAGGGGCUGCCCUUGGGCUCUGGACAGGGAAGACACAGCUCAGGAGGGGUAAGCAGAGAAUCCUGGGAAGGACAGAGGUGGUCACACUCAGUGGGCAGCACAGACUGAUGGAGAGAACCUCAGAAGCUCCCCACAGUGGGGGCAGCCCCUGGAAGGAGCUCCUGAUCACAGCCUCCAUCCUCAGCUGCUGGAUCCAGCCAAUGUCUGCUCAAGGUGCUGCUGUCACUGUUGUGCCAAGUCUUUCCUAUGGGACAGUGGGCGGCAGCAUCAUCUUGGACAUCCAGGGCUUCUCAGGGGAGGUUCUCAGCUAUAGUUGGUACAGAAAGUCAGUAGACAAUUCCAACCUCAUCGCUGCCUACAGUGUCUCUUCUGGAGUGCAGACACCAGCAGACAUCCGGGAGAAGAUCUUCUCCAAUGGCUCCCUGCUCAUCCCUGACCUCACUCUUAAUGACUCAGAUGUCUAUUAUGCACAAAUUGUUAAUUCUGGAGGCCUGAUAGCUGCCACAGCAAGAGGACAAUUCACAGUGUAUGGGCCACCACCGAAACCUACCAUCAUCAGCACCAACAUGGCCCCAGUGGAGAACAAGGACAAUGUCUCCUUGACAUGCCAGGCUGAGAGUCAAAAUAUCACAUACCUGUGGUUCAUAAACCAAAACCCCCCAGCUGGUGACAGGAUGGUGCUGUCCCCAGAUAACAAGACACUCACUAUAAUCAAUGUCACAAGGGAAGACCAAGGACCCUAUGUGUGUGAAAUCCAGAACCCAGUUAGUGUCAAUAGAAGUGACCCAUUCACACUGAAUAUUACCUAUGGCCCGGAUCCCCCCAUGAUUCUCCCCACAGACCCUCAUUACCCUGUAGGGGCAACUCUUGAGUUGUCCUGCUCUGCUGUGUCUAACCCACCUGCCCAGUAUACUUGGCUUAUCAAUGGAACACAGAUGGUGUCUACAACUCAGAAUGUCUCUAUUCCCAAUGUUUCUCUGAAUUACACUGGAACCUAUACCUGUAAUGCAUCUAACUCAGUCACUGGCUUGUCUAGCACCACAGACAUCAGUAUCACAAUCUCUGAAACACCAGCCAAACCUAACAUCAGUGCCAACAGUACCAACAUCUUAGAGAAUGGCACUUUGGCCAUCACAUGUAGCCCAGAAAAUGAAGGGAUGAACAUUCUGUGGUUCUUCAAUAACCAGCCCUUGUCACUCAGUGAGAGGAUGAAUACAUCUGAGGAUAACCAGACCCUCACCAUCAAGAGUGUGAAGAGGGAGGAUGCUGGGUCCUAUCAGUGUGAAGUCUGGAAUCUAAUUGGUGCCAACAGAAGUGACCCCCUCACCCUGACUGUGAGCUAUGGACCAGAGCACAUCAUGUUUGUACCAAACCCUGAAAAUGGGGAGAUUGAGGUCAAAUUCAAAGAUCCACUGAACUUAAUGUGUCAAGUUGGGUCUUACCCACCUGCCCUCUAUGAAUGGCAGGUAAAUGGCACCGUGAACUCUAACUUCUCAAGUAACACCUAUGUCAUCAAAAGUGUAUCUUGGGAAGACUCAGGAAACUAUACCUGUUUGGCAAAGAACAACGUGACCAACUUAUCAAUAUCUAGGGACAUCACAGUCAAGGUGGUUGCAGAAAAAUCCACAGGAGGAGGGAAUGGCUCCUCACUCUCUGGAGGGGCCAUCGCUGGCAUUGUGAUUGGAGUCCUAGCUGGAGUGGCUCUCAUUGGGGCCCUCAUCUAUUUCCUGUUCUUCAGAAAGACUGGAGGGGCCAGUGAACAUCAUCUUACAGAGCACAAAUCCUCAGCACCCAAUCACAGUCGGACCUUCUCUGAUAGCUCACCUAAAGGGACUGAUGAAGUGCCCUACACCACUGUGAACUUCAAUGCCCAGAAACCACCUGCCAAGGCUCAGUCCCCACCACCCACGGAAACCGUUUAUUCAGAAAUCAAAAAGAAAUGACCGGGUCCUCCUUGUUCUCUGCAUUACAGACAUAUUUAUUGUGCUCUUCCUCAGCUUCCUCAAGCUCUGAGACCCCAGCCUUGGGCAGCCCAGCUCUACCACAUUCCCACCAACCUCAGGGAAGGAGGAGGAGAGAUGCCCUCCCUUUCACCUCCUGGAGGCUUCCCAGGAAAGCCUCUCCCCUUCAUUGUCAA